AUGAAUCCAUCCUCACCCAGCUCUCCACAGGGCUCACCCGCCCCAAACCAGCAGGCAUCAAGCACCCUCAGCCAUCGCCCAAGUCCACGCCAAACACCAAGCUCAGGAACAGGAACACCACCGGGCAGCACAGCAAACGCACCUAUUCCAGACGAUGAACAUGGCGCCGACCUGCCGAUGAACAUGUCGGCUUCUGUUAUGUUGACCAACUUACCCCGCGAUGCGCACCAGGCACUCGCCGAUGUGGAGAGGAUUGAUUCAGGGAAAGUCACCGUGCGCUUCCAGCCUCUGCCAUCAGCACCCAUUCUCAAGAAUCGGGUGUUCAAGGUGAGCGCAUCACAGAAGUUUGAAACGGUUGUCAAAUUCCUGCGGAAAAAGCUCGACUGCAAGGAUACCGAUUCUGUGUUCUGUUAUGUCAAUAGCGUCUUUGCGCCCGGCCUAGAUGAGGGUAUGGGUGGUCUGUGGAGGUGUUUCAAAACGGAUGAUCAAUUGAUUGUCGCUUACUCAAUGACCCCGGCAUUUGGCUAA